GAUCAAAGUUGUGUGUAAAUGAAACAAAAACGAAAGAUUUGACGCACCAGCUGAAUUUUAUUUAUAUGAGCGUUAAAAUUAAGGUUCAUUAUAUGUCUCGAUUAUUUUGACAACAUAUUGGUCGAAAAUUAUCAAGAAAUUAAUAUGCUUAUAUUAUACAGAAGCACCUGUCACUUCUAACCUGUUAAGUCAUGCCCUCGGCUAAAUUGAUUAUCGUUGAACAUGAUGCUUGUGAGAGCAAAUAUAUAAUAAAAUAUAAUAACAUUAUAAAAACGUCAAGCAAAUCAGUAACAAUUGAAAACAAUAAGCUUCGCCGCAACAGUAGCAAAUCAGCUGGGGACUAUUGUGUUUAUGAUGAUGUAACUCCUACUAAAGUUAAUGGAAUAUUUCUGCACUACUUUAUUAAGGAACUGGAAAAUUCACAUAUUUAUAGAAGAUGUGUUUUAAGAUACUUUAAACGGCACUUAAAGUACUGUAACUACGUAACAGUCUUUAUGCUAGUUCCACCGUGUAGGCAAAUAAUAGAUUACCAAUGGGCUGAUCGGGCAUCAUUGAUUGCUUGGGAAAGAGCAGAAUUAGAUCAUGCAAUGUCAUGGUUAAGUACUUUGGGUGGUGCCUUCUCUGCUCUUGGUGAAGAAUUUAUUUAUUGCGCUGAAAUGGCUGGGAAGAUAUCAUACCACCAAUUAAGAUUAGCUUUAAGAUUAGGAGAUCCUACAACUGUCGCUAGAUGCAAAUUGUAUUUAAGUUUAUCAUUAAUUCAACGUGGGUCACUACUACUAGCACGCAGAAUUAUAUUAGAACAAUAUAACAUUGCCAAAAAUUCUAAUUUUGUAGAUGCAAGAUUAAUAAAUAUGUGUAAAGGAAUUUGGUCAAAAUUACAAUAUUGUUGGAAAAUUAAUAAAGCUGAAAAAAUU